AGUCCCUUUGUAGCUUUCGAUUAAUCACCUGUGCGUGCGUUAUCUCCGUAACUGGUUAAUCAACAUAGUGCUCUAAUACAAUAACAUUAAGGUAACUGUUACGCGGGCGUCGAGACGCCUGCUGCAACACGGCACGUCAACACACAAAAAUAUUCUCCGCGGUGAACAACUUCUUUGCUGAUUCACCAUUGGUGAAUCAGUUGAAGGGCAUCAUGACUCGACAAACGAGCAACGAGCCCGGCCCGCCGGACGAAAGCCGGGCAGACAAUAGGGGGACCCCAUCAGUCAACUUCGCUCUUAGCCCUUCUGAGAGCCAGUUAUCUGAGCGUUCCAUCACCCCGACACAGCGACAGGUCGCCUUCCUGAAGCCGGCUGCCAACACCGCGCUCGACAGGAAGGCUUCGUUAGUCGAUGAGAAUACCGGCAUCACUCGCACGCAAAUGAAAGAAUUCCGUGAAGCAUUCCGUCUCUUCGAUAAAGAUGGUGACGGUACCAUCACUAAGGAAGAACUGGGGCGCGUUAUGCGCAGUCUCGGUCAGUUCGCGAGGGUUGAGGAGUUACAUGACAUGCUGCAAGAAGUCGAUAGCGAUGGUGAUGGAAAUGUAAGUUUCGAGGAAUUCGUCAAUAUCCUCUCUAAGUCAAUGUCUGGAGCCGGUGGAGGGAGCAGCUCUGCUGAGCAGGAGGAGAGGGAGCUGCGAGACGCCUUCAGGGUAUUCGAUAAACAUAACCGAGGGUACAUUUGUGCUUCCGAUCUUAGAGCUGUGUUGCAAUGUCUCGGAGAAGACCUGUCAGAGGAAGAAAUUGAAGAUAUGAUAAAGGAAGUAGAUUCUGAUGGUGACGGGCGCAUUGAUUUUUUGGAAUUCGUUCGAGCACUCGGUGAGCCAGAAGACGCAUGUGAUGACGAAGAUGACGAGGAUCUCAACGAAGGAACGGACAUACUCCUCGCGAGACCGGUGGCUGCUAAUUAAUUCAUAUCCUAUUUUGUCCUAAGCUUAUGAUUAGAUUAAUUAACAACUGUUGGUAUUAAUACGAAAAUAAUGGCAACGUUAGUUGUGACAUGGUUGUGACAACAACCUUAGGCCGCGAACGAACAACAUGUCUGCUAUGGAAUACAUUUGUUUUAAAACUUAAACUUUUUUACAUAUAUAAACUGAACGCCAAUCUUCUGGUCUGUUCUCAAUUCUACAAACAAGUUAUAGCUUUAUCGCAAUCGAAUCGAAACAUAAUCGUUGCCGAUCAGUUUCAGUUCAGUUUUCCUAUUCUCCUAACACAACGAGCCGUUCGCGGUUCGGUCGAAGUUGGUUCGGAAUCGUAUCAUAACCAAAUAUUUUAGUAGAAUUAUCCUACUGUGUAUGCUAUAAUUCUCUGUAUUGUAUCUAAACGUUCCAGGGUGGUUCGUUACAGAGCUGUUGUCAUCUCUAUCCAAAUAAUAUCCGAUCCUUUAAUUUAAAAUCACAGUAGAACGUUCGCUAAAUGUGUCUUGGUGGAUAUUUUUGUCGGAUUCCACUAAUGAGGUUACAUUGUAUUAUGUAAGCAAUUAAACAUCAGCGUAUUAAUCGGGUACUACAAUUAAGAAUAGUGAAGAGAACAAUAAUUCGCUAUUUUUGUCAAUACGACAGAUGUCUCGGCCCGGCUUAAUAUGAACUAGUUCUGGUUUCUUUUUUAUGUGCAUCACUAGCAAUGUAAUUGACAGUAAUGACUAAAGUAAGUAACAGGUAAAUUAACAGCUUCUAAAUGUUCCAUUGCUGGGCUAACGUCUCUUCUUUUGAGGAAAAGGCUUGGAGUUUCCACCACGCUGCUCCAAUGCCCGUUGGAAGUUUGGAUACUAGUGUGGCAGAAUAUCAUUGAAAUUAGACAUACCGGUUUCACGAUGUUUUACUUCACGCACAAAAGUCAGAGGUUCUUGCCUGGGUUUUUACCAGCAAUCAUAGGUUAAGAUUCACUCGUUCUAACCACUGGUUCAGUAGUGACUAUUUAAAAAAGUAACUAUUAUGACCACAGGAGCAGGCGAAUACACUUCGAAGAAUUAUGGCAGGAAUGAAUCAACAAAUGUCAAAUGUGUGACAAACUAAUUAUUGAUAGAUGAGAAUCAUUUCUUGUAAUUUAAAAUUUCACUAUAA